AUGAACCGCCUCUUCGGCUCCUCCAACAAGGGCCCCAAGCCCACGCUGAACUCAGCAAUCGGCAACGUAGACGACCGCAUAAGCAGCAUCGACGUCAAGCUGGCGAGCAUCAACGCGGAGCUGCAGACGUACCAGACGAAGCUGUCGCGGAUGCGCGACGGCCCCGGCAAGACGGCUCUCAAGCAAAAGGCCCUGAAAGUGCUGCAGCGGCGCAAGGCGUACGAGGCGCAGCGGGACCAGCUGCAGUCGCAGGUGUGGAACAUGGAGCAGGCGGGGAUGAUGCAGGACAACCUCAAGAACGUCAUGACGCAGGUGGACGCCAUGAAGACGACGCAGAAGGAGCUCAAGAAGCAGUACGGCAAGGUCGACAUCGACCGCAUCGAGCGCAUGCAGGACGAGAUGGCAGACCUGCUCGACGUUGGGAAUGAGAUCCAGGAGUCCCUCAGCCGCGGGUAUGAUGUUCCUGAGGACGUCGACGAGGCUGAGCUCGACGCCGAGCUCGAGGCCCUCGGCGCGGAGGUCGAGAUGGAGCGUGAGCUUGGGGGCGGCGCGGAGGCCCUGCCCAGCUUCAUGCAGGACGAGGUGCCUGAUUUCAUCGACGAGCCGCCGCAGACUGAGGCUGGAAAGGCCGUCAAGGAGGCGGCUGGCUGA